AUGGACCGCGGGUCGUACUUCCAGGAGUUCAUGCGGUCGAAGGCGCUGGCAAAAGCAUCUACUGGAAAGCAAGCUGUAGAGGAGACGAAAAAGCUCCUCACCGACCGUGGCGCGUACAUUUCAUUCCUGGAAAUCCAACUCGAGCGUGUGUCGGCAGCAUGUCUCCACACAAAGAGCCUCGAGACGCAAAUUCACGACAUGCACGUUCAGAUUGAAGCGACCGACGCGAAAGUCGCGACAGUCGCUAAAUUGCUCAAGAUGCACCAGCAGCAUACCGGAGACCUCAUGCAAAGCAACACCCAGGACAUCGGGACGAUGCAAUACGUCGUUUGGGGAGUUGUGGGGAUGGACCGCGGGUCGUACUUCCAGGAGUUCAUGCGGUCGAAGGCGCUGGCAAAAGCAUCUACUGGAAAGCAAGCUGUAGAGGAGACGAAAAAGCUCCUCACCGACCGUGGCGCGUACAUUUCAUUCUUGGAAAUCCAACUCGAGCGUGUGUCGGCAGCAUGUCUCCACACAAAGAGCCUCGAGACGCAAAUUCACGACAUGCACGUUCAGAUUGAAGCGACCGACGCGAAAGUCGCGACAGUCGCUAAAUUGCUCAAGAUGCACCAGCAGCAUACCGGAGACCUCAUGCAAAGCAACACCCAGGACAUCGGGACGAUGCAGUCCCUGAUAGAGACGAUCCGCGACACUGUGACAGCUCACGGGACACAGCUACGACGACUGGACGUGCGGCAAUGCGACACCGACGACGCGGCGCAAUCCAUGGAAACCAAGCUUCGGCAAGAGAUUGAUCAUGCCAUUACGAACGGUGAACUCGCCAAGGAAACGAUGGAGCUACAUGUUCAGCGCUACCACACGUUGCACGAAGCACAGCAAACCAAAUGGCAGGCCAUCCAUGCCGCCCACCAGGAGCUCGUCCACGAUAUCGCCAUUGCUGAUGCCCGUAACGUGGCGCAUACAGAUGCGGCAGUACAACAAGUUCGAAAUGCAGUCGAGGAGGCUACAGCAGCGCUCGAAGCCAGGCUAGUCGAGCAUGAGGAAAAGGCAAAACGGGCUCGGCAGGCCGUUGAGCAGUACUGCGCCGUGGAGAUCGCGAGGGUUGGUUGUGCGGCGGAUGCCAAGUUGGAAUCUAUCGAUCAAAAUGCAAUCUUACUGCAAGACCAACUGCAACGGGUGCAAGCAAAGCUGGCGCAAAUGAGCCAGAAACACCACGACGACUGCCGCCUCAUCAACGCAAGUCUGGUGUCGCUGCAAUCGGACCUUGACGACCGCGACCGGACGACUAUCCGACCUGUCUUGACCAGCCAUGGUGCCUCGCAGCGGGGUUGCGACCGGGGCGAAUCAUCGGACAUGGCGUCGCGAGUCGCGGUAUUAGAACGUGACUGCAUCGUGUUUCGUGAAGGCCUCGAGUACCUCCGCCGCGCCAUGGAAACGUUCGAAUCGUCGCAAGUGAUGCUUGUCGAGGACUGGAAUGCCAAGUUGGCACAGAUGUCGGAAGAUGCCAAGAGGCUUGAGACGGCGGCCAAGGUCGAUGAAGACGAGAUGCACAAGUUGCAGCGGCGGCUGCAGGACGAAUGGUGCCACAAGGAGGAAGCGUGGUGGAAGGCGGUGGCAAGCUUAGAAAUCCAAGUGCCAGCGCUGCGCGAAAAAGUGCAGCUUCUCAUGGACCGUCGGGCAGACGAAGAGCCCGUCGUUGUCGAAGGCGUACACAAGGGCCUGACACGAAUUCACAAGUGAGUGCGGCAUGCAUGCCACGAUCAACUGGAUUGCGAUUCGAAUGCUCAGGAUGGAGAAGCGCAUGCACCGCUUGGCGGCCAAUAUGCAGACACUGUACACGCUCGUGGAGAUGGUCAGGCCUUCAGCGAUCAAACUGGAGGCUUCAUGGAGUGAUGAAUCGUGUGUGCGGUUGGCUAGUAGACGCUUCCCCAGCGAGACAAAGCAUUCGCGGACCUUCAAACCAACGUCAUUGGCGAGUUGGCGUAUGUUCGUGAAGCACUCAAGACCAUCAUGCACGAUGUUGGAAACAAGGGGGACAACGAUGGAGAUCGAGGCAGGAGGCGCAGACUAGUGAAAGCAGAACCCAAGUGUGCCAAAGCGACGGAAGCACGAGGCGGCGUCGGCGCCAAGCUGUGAAGCCUGCCAUCACGUAGACAAUUGUCCUCCCCAUGUAUGCCUCGCAUAGAGCUCAUGAACCCAACAAGUUGCUGUCGACGUGGCGGAUCCGAUGGUAUGACGAGAGCACGCAGUAGUGUUUCGUCAACAUGAGAAUCACCGUUUCCUG